CGGCUGGCAGUGUUUUUGACCCUCAGCGGACUCCGUACUCCUCGGCGUUACUUUGCACAGUUGUUGUUGGGCUGCAGAGCUGCUGGUCUCCCUGAGACUCAGUUUGUCCGUCAACAAGUCGGGAACACAGCAGAAAACAGAGCCAGUGGUUUAAAUUGAGUGUGUGUUUGCGUCUGGACGUCACUGCGCGCUGUUAGCUCUCCGUUAGCAGGCGAGGCUAAUGUGCGGCGGCUAGCUGAGUUAGCCUGGAGGAGAAGAGACAAAGAGACAGAGCUGCUGCUGUUUGUUUGUUUGUUUGUUUGUUUGUUUGUUUCCUGCAAACACACCGAGAGUGCCACGAUGAACGUCGCUAAAAGUGGCUACCGUGUGUUUUCCGCUAACUCGUCCGUGGCUUGCACAGAGCUGGCCAAGAAGAUCACAGAGAGGCUUGGAGUCGAGCUGGGGAAGUCUGUGGUCUUCCAGGAGUCUAACAGAGAGACUAGAGUGGACGUGAAAGAAUCAGUCCGUGGACAAACUAUCUUCAUCAUCCAGACCAUACCGAGAGAUGUCAACACGGCCAUCAUGGAGCUGCUGGUUAUGGCCUACGCGCUCAAGACCUCUUGUGCAAAGAACAUCAUCGGAGUCAUCCCUUACUUUCCGUACAGCAAACAGUGCAAGAUGAGGAAGAGGGGCUCGAUAGUGAGCAAGUUGUUGGCGUCGAUGUUAGCCAAAGCAGGAUUAACACACAUCAUCACCAUGGACCUGCAUCAGAAGGAGAUCCAGGGCUUCUUUAGCUUUCCAGUGGACAACUUGCGUGCAUCCCCUUUCUUGAUUCAGUACAUCCAAGAAGAGAUUCCUGAUUAUAGAAACGCGAUUAUUGUGGCAAAGUCCCCAGCAGCAGCUAAGAGGGCUCAGUCCUAUGCAGAACGCCUGCGUUUGGGUCUGGCUGUGAUUCACGGCGAGGCUCAGUGUUCAGAGUCGGACAUGGCCGACGGAAGACACUCCCCUCCGUGUGUGCGUAACACCACCACCGGACACACAGGGCUGGAGCUCCCUUCAGGCAAACAACAAGCUCCGUUCCCUGGCAUAGAGCUCCCAAUGAUGAUGGCCAAGGAGAAACCUCCCAUUACUGUAGUCGGAGACGUGGGAGGGAGAAUUGCCAUCAUUGUGGAUGACAUUAUCGACGACGUGGGAGACUUUGUUGCAGCUGCCGAGAUCCUGAAAGAGAGAGGAGCCUAUAAAAUUUAUAUCAUGGCCACACACGGCUUACUGUCCGCCGACGCUCCACGCCUCAUAGAGGAAUCUGCCAUCGACGAGGUGGUGGUAACCAACACAGUCCCCCAUGAAGUACAGAAGCUACAGUGUCCCAAAAUCAAGACCGUGGACGUCAGCAUGAUAUUGGCCGAGGCCAUCCGCCGCAUCCACAACGGAGAGUCCAUGGCCUACUUGUUCCGCAAUAUCACCGUGGACGACUAGAGCAUCAAAGAGAGUGAGAGCUGAGGUGGGUCUGAUAGAGACUGAGGGCACCCUGUGCUGUUAAAAAAACAACAACACGGUAAUGUCAUGUUCCAUGUAUUGUGUACGUCAGGAUUACGUGUCCUAAAUCAACAAUUACCCAAAGUUAUUUAAAUUCUCAUCGGACGUUGUAAAAAAUGUAUUUCUGGUGUUAAGUUGGGAAAUGAAUCUUAUGAUAUGAACGAUAAGAGCUGGCUUUGAUUUUUUUCCAACUUGAACAAAAGAUGCUUUGUAUUUAAAAAGUUAUUUUGUCACUUUGGCACUAUCGUACCUCAAAUCUAAUGACUGAACUCCAGCUGUAAAAAGAGAAGAGGAAAAAAAAGUCUCUUUGUGGUCCACCAAUAUUUUCCAGAUGCUCUUACCGGCCCCUCGUGAUCACAGCUGCUCAGCUUUGUGAUUUCUUUGCAUUUAAAUGGGGUACGUCGUCUCUUGGAACGUUUGGUGAAAAGUUUAUGCAGAAAUGUAUGGGUUGCCAUUUUAUAUUGUGUGUGUGUGUAUAUAUUAGGGGGUCAGUUUCACUUGAUUGUAACAAAAGAUAUUUUCCUACUUAUCUAAUAUCUAGCUAGGAAUAUGGCUUUGGUGGAUGCCGUGCUUUUGUGAAACGCUGCUCCUGUUUCCUGCGAUUUAAUGUGAUUUCAUUUGCGGUGCACGCGGCAGCAAUACGCUCAAAAAAAUUCUCCAAGACUCUAAAUGUUUACAGCAAAGUCUGCUGAGUAUUUAUAAAAAACUAAACUUCAUUGUAUUGUGCCUAUAGCAGAGAGCGCACGGCUACAUGAAGCAGGGAAACGUUUUAUUUCUUGUUAUUUGGUGAACUGACCCUCUCAUAUACUCUAUCACUCCAGCAGACUGAACAUUGUGCUUAUUUCAACACUCUGAUGGACAUCUUGUGUUUUAGCCAAUUAACAGCAAACACUGAACAUUACUGACUGUUUGAAGCGGAGCAAAGAUUUUGUGUGGAUUUCUUUAAAGCAGCUGCAAGAAGUUGCCUUGGUUACAUCACUGAUAACUGCUGCUUGGGUUUCUUUUCUUUUUUUUUUAUUUAUCAGCGGUGAUGUGACAGCCUGCUUAUAUGCUACCAUGUGGGAAAACGAUUGAAUUGUCAGCGACACUAAUCUCUCUUUUUCAGCGCGUGCGGUAGCCAGAAUUCUCAAUCUGCUUUGAAAGUCGUCCCCCGUUUGAAUCGCGGACAGUGUGACUGGUGUGUUCAGCUCUUUACAGCAACCUGCUUUUGAAGUUUUGAAACUUACUUAAAGGGUUUACCAGCACUUGAAUGUAACAGAUAAGUUGAACUGAUCCAGGCUUUACUUGCAUUACGUUAUAAUGACUCAAUACGAAGGGCGAUUUGAGUUAUUUGUGCACUUAAAAAA